AUGAGAGCCGGCAACCCUUACCAGAUACCCCAAUUUCCCCAACCCCAACGUCCCGCCCUCCGGCCAGGUCUCCUGAUCAUGCGGGCCAGGGAGGCGGAGACAGGCUCAAAGCCGUCAUGUGGACAAACCCGUGGUCGAGGUGGGUCGGAGGGUACAGCCAGCUCGCAUGGUCCAGACGCCCAUUCGCCUCGGCGUCUGCCCCAGACGACCGGGCAGAUGGCACGAGCCAAGACGGACAUGCGCUCGCCCUCUUGCGCCCACCGGACACCUCCCGGCGCCCUCAAACUGGAUCUUCUGCCUCUACCCUCCUUCCGCCUGACAGCUGAUCGCGAAAAGUCUGCAAUCACCGUACCAACGAGGAGACUGUCUACGCUGCCUUGUACUUCUGCACUCUGCCUGACGCCUCUGUCUGAGGCAGGAAUCUACCGAACAGGUGCACACAAACACAGACGGGUGUGA